AUGAUUCUGGUCCUUCUACUAAUUACUUUUUGCGGAGAUAUUGUUACAACUUUUUCCAUAAUAACAAGAAGCAACUUCAUCGGCUGCUACUACAAUGUUCUAACGGCUAGCGUUGCAACUGAAAAUCGCAUGAAAUUGGAACAGUGCUUGGCUCGCUGCAACAAAGCUGAUGAAAUAUUUAGCGCCCUCAGUGUCGAGGGGUUCUGCAUCUGUCGCAGCACGGUAGAGCAUGGAACUGAGAUAGAUCCUUCAUAUUGCGGUGUGUCCUGUCAGGGCGGCGUUUGCGAGAAUCCACAUUUUUUUGCUGUCUUUUCAACCUGCAAUGCUUACUACUACGGCCACAAUUGCUCCAAACUCUGCCUUUGUAUGUCUAUGUACUGCAGACCGUUGAGAGGUAUUUGUCUGGAUCAAAGUGAGUGCAUCAAAGGGGCCACCAAGGUCCAAGCCGACACUGCACACACUUGCCCUAAAAAAAGUUGUCAGCAUUUGAGCGGUGACUGCAUGGAUCAGUGCAGACACAGCCUGAAAUAUCAACAGAUCAUGUACUUUCCGUGCGAAUGCUCUGAUGGUUACUACAUGCCUCUCAAUAGACAUGCUUGUGAAGACAUUGAUGAGUGCAUAAAUCACAAGUGUAAGGAGUGUCGGAACGAGCCAGGAUCUUUCCGAUGCACCUGUAAUGAAGGACUUGUUGCCAGUUUGCACGGCAAUUCAGCCAUAUGCGUCAAUGAGAUUGGCAACUGUGCAGUUGUUGACUGUCCACAAGGCUGGUGUUAUGACGCCUACGAUGGCUCGGCCCGAUGCCCAUGCCCCGAUGGAAACCCUCAAAUAUCCGAGGGGAACCAAAAACCUGCCCGCCAAGUAACUCCUGUCCUGUUUGCCACCAGUUUGGAACGUUCAAGUUUGAAUGCAAGUGUCUGCACGGAUUUUCUUUCAAUCAUGAUACAAAUUCUUGUGAAGGUUGUCUACGUUGGAACGUUUGCUGGAUUGGCGCACGUAGACGAAUGCGAUUGGUUUGUUUGCGAGACAGAUGAGGAAUGUUACAACUUCGAAGGCUCCUAUGUGUGUGGACUGGCCUACGACUGCCUAAACCUGGACAACAGCAGCAGCAGCGUCUCCAGUUCGAACGCAAGUGACAUCAAAUUCUACGAUGAUCUUUGCUCAACGCGACACGUGAAGAUAAAGAUACAGCAGGCACAAUACUCCAACAAAGUUUUCAUGAACGCCUCAGAAUCCAACCUCCUCCUCUCAUUAAUUGGUGUCUUCAGAGUGUUGAAGGAGGUCGAGAUAACUGACCUGAAGUGGUCAAUCAACAGGAAUCUUUUCGCAAACCACACCUAUGCUGACGAAGUGUUCUCAGCCAAUGAAAUUUUUCAGAGGAGUAAUCAGAUGUACUUCCAAUCUUCUAAUUAUAACUGUCCAACCGUGUUCACACUUGAAUGUAUAUCUUUUCAGUUUAAAUAUCGCGGAAACGCUGAGAAAGUUGAUUACGAAUGUGAAAUAUACAAGUCCUACCAGUUGACCAUCACGUUUUACGGAGGUUACGAAUCUAUAGAAGAAACGGCGGAGACAUCCACACAUGUGGUAAAAGCGAAAGUCCACACGACAGACGGCCUGGAGACGAACUCAACAACUCUGAAGUGGUACUGCACCAGGACUCCUAUCCUGGAGCCCUCAACUAUCAAUGAGCAAAGCCGAUGUAUAGUACACCAGAAAGUAGCACUGAACGCCACGGGGAAAGCGAUCACAGUUAAAGAGAAGGACAUGAUCAAGAUAAGGAGGAGUGGUAUCCAGGACUAUUACUUCCACGUGCAUGCCUUCUUGAGGGGCAUGUCAGCUGUGGCCUGCAGAAAGCUGACCCUGCUGCACAAGGCCGAGAGGAUUGCAUUCGAGUGCAUUAGUAACUGCAACUACAAAAUCAACAUGCGCCAGCGUCUUUACUUCAAAGUGAAUUGUUCGAAAUGUUCUGAAUUCAACAUCUCCUGGUUCUUUGUGCACUCACCUGAUGACAUCAUCUCAAAAACGAACCAGUUCAUCAUCGAAUCCUUCGAUUUAAAUAAAUUAUCCUCUGCAGAACACACCGUCAAAGUGCUAGUGGUCGAUAACUACAGUAGCUCCAAAUAUCAGCACAACAAAACGUUUGAGAUAGACAAAUUUCAAAAUUAUUCGUGCAACAUCUUGCCGCCAGAGGGACUGGCAUUCAGUACGAGGUUCACACUCGUCUGCCCAAAAAAUGAAAGCAACAUCUACAAAGUUUUCAGCGGCAGGUGUUCCGAGACUUCGCUGGACGCCCUCCUUAAAUACUACGGUCCGUUGAACGUGAACAUUUCCAACCUGAGGUUCAGCGCCGGCGACAUGCACGACAACCACUAUCGCUGCCUCUUCAUCAAACUGACAAACGGAGUUGAAGAGUUUGAUACUUUACCGUUCAAGGUGUUCAACAGUUAUUUCUACGUGCCCAACUUCAAGUACUUGAAUAGAUUCCGAUAUAACAAAUUAGAAACGUUGAGCUCCAUAGGGAAUGCUAUCGAUCUUUUCAACGAGCAGAUUUCAAACGAGGUGCACGACAUAAAUUAUAAAACAAAAGCUAGAACAAUGCUGAUGGGUUUUUUGACCGGGAAGUGGAAGGAGUUUGGACGUGAGCUGUACCACAAUGAAAUUAUCAAAUUAGUGUACUGGUUGGUCUAUAAUCCAAACGAAAUUGAUUCAAUUUCAGUUGUUAAUCUGUUGAACUUUACAAUGCUCACUGAUAUAUUCAAAUAUUGGGAUCAGUCGAAAUCAAUCUUAACAGAUGAAGAAGUAAAACACGGCUUGAGCCUCCUGACUAAAACAUUAGCUUCAAUUUUGAUUGCCGGUUACCAAAACUCCGAGUCAUCUGAUGUUUUCAUAAAACGAACCAAUGUUUUGACAUACGUGACCAAUCAUUUAGCGUAUUUAGCUAACGCGUAUUCCAAAUAUGUAGAGAAAAGGAGUAGCAUAAUCGAGGACACGCCCGUAUUCACGUUGGUCAUGGCUAAAUGUAGCUUGCAGACAGACAAUGAUAUAAUACUACCUUUCAAAAUUGGAGAAAGUACGUACGAGUUGACCAUCCCACUGGCGGUUGUUGAUGCCUUGAAUUCUUCUGCCUCAUCCACCGAUGAGUUCGUCGAUAUUAAAAUGGUUGUGUUUCCGUACAAUCCGUUGGCCCAGAAAGUGUCCACCCUUUUCACGCCUACUAUCAGCAUCUCCCUGCAUUACAAGGGCGAGUACCUACCUUUGAAAUCUCUCAUGGAGCCAGUAACGAUAAAAAUUCCCACAUUAUCUGAGGGCAAUUGGCUGAAGUACGAGAGCAUCAUGAUGUCCACAAACCAGAGCCUUCGAAUGGCGCUUCCCGCCCUUACUUACGACAACACUCUGUAUCUGAUCAUGCUCAAGUUGAACUUCACCGAUAUGAGUAACGAUAUCGUGAUCAACUACGGCGUCUUCAUCGUAACUCUCUGCAAUGGAACUCUUGACGAUGUCAGCCAAAGAACGGAUGUCUACGAAAAUACUAAGAAAAAAUUUGUAGACGAGUGUUAUGAGCUGGUUAUCAAACAAAUGAAUUUCUUUGAAAGCCUGGAAACUGAGUUGAACUUUACGAUACCGCCGUUGUUCAACACAAUAUAUUCAGUGCUCAUAGUAUCCUAUCGAUCUAUGUACCCUGCUGACGUGUCCCUGGAGUUGAACAUGCUGCAACUGUCCUGUCAGUACUGGUACGAAUCAACGGGCAGUGAUGAUAGCAGCUCCAACGAGGAGAGCACUUAUGGAUGUGCUGUUUCCCCAAAAGGCACGACAAGUGAACUACUGGAAUGUCAGUGCUUCCAUUUAUCGACAUUCACCGGUUCAAUAAGUUACCCAAACAGCUCAAUAUUGAUUGAUUUUUAUGGAAAGCUCUCUGGAAAAUCUAAACUGGGAAUAUACACUUUGUCAUUUAUCUGGAUAUUUUUUUUCUUUUUCGGUGCUUGGGCGAAGUACACGGAUUUGAAGUUGAAGAAUCUGAGUUAUCCAGUUGAUUUGGCAGAUAAUUUCCCAGCUGCUGAAAUAGUUUACUUAGUGAUCGUGGAAACAGGUGUGAGGCCAUUCGCUGGUUGCACUGGCACAGCUUUCAUUAUGCUUAUUGGUUCGGUGAAUAAAAGCCUCGGACACAAACUUGUCUGCAAACAUUACCAAACUUUACAGAAAGGUCACCAAAAUUUUUUCAUUAUAAGAACAAAAGAGACACUCGGAAAAAUAUCUAAAGAAGCAUUCUUCUUCUUCUUUGACACAUGGCUCUGCGUCAACGUAAAAGGACAGUCAAGCGAUGUGACUGUUAAUGCGGUGUCGCACGUCGUUCGAAACGAUUUCAAACAUCUAUUGACCACUAAUUUCUUCAGAGGAUUUGAAGACAGUCACGUCUGGUUUUCAAUUUUUACUUGCCCUAUAUUAAGUACGUACACGAGGUUCCAAAGAGUGGCCGUCUGCAUGCUCAAUUUGGAAAUAUUUUUGCUCACCACUCUCAUUCUGCAAACCCUUGCGUUUGGUUUUGGUUUGAGUCCAAUAUUUUGGUUGAUAACUUACAUGUUCUCUGAAUCGCGACCCAGAAAGGUCAAGUUCAAUAUCAUCAACGACUGGAAUCGACUGUCGUCUCAAGCACUCAGCAUUCAACUUACCGAAAAAAAAAUUGAAAAAGAAAGAGAAAAAGAAAUGGAGAAGAUCUCAUCAGUUUUCGGAGUGCUGCGGAUGUUUUGUGUCAGGCUGUUCAGUAAGAAAGCAAUCACCCAGCUGAUAUACGAUCCAGAGGACACUCAGGAGCAUGCCAAACAGUACAGCAUGAACCACCCCAGCGUUCGAUACCAGGACUACGGCGACAAAUCUGCAAAGGAGUACCAGUACAUGCCCACUGAAGAUGAAUUCGCCAAAUCCAAAAAGUUAAGUUUCUCCAGUUACGACGACUCCGACGACAAUAUUUAUAACAACAGCAAUGCCAACAACUGCAAUAAAAACUUUAGCAACGAAAUCAAGGCGUUUUACGCCACAGCAAAUAAAGUGAAAAAAUUACGUAAAAAAAGCUUCAAUAAAUUAAAUAAUAAAUCAAAUAGCCGAUUGAAUAAGAAUGAAUCAGUCAAAAAGAUGGAAUGCACUGAUGUCAGUGACGAGGAGAUAGACGCCGUUAACAACCAAGCUCACAGAAAAAAGAAAGUUUUUUUCCAAUCAUCCGUGGACAAAUCUCAAUCGUCAAAAAACAUCGUUUCACAUCGUAGAAACUUCAUAGAUGUCAAAGAAACUUUCGAAGAAGUUGAAAAUCGGGUUAACAAUCUUAUCUCGAAAGUUGCAGAGAAAGAAAUAAAAAUAGAUUUUUAUAAUUUUGGCGUCCACCGAAAUAAAAUGCAGUCUACAAAUAAUGCAAAGAAACAGAACAUUCCUGACGCUAAUACUCAUGCAGAAAUUGCUGAAACUAAUGAAACCAUGGAGCUUGCAAACAAAUCGAACAACCUCGACAGGAGCAAUAAAAUAAUUGACAUCAACAACAGCAGCAGCAAAAACAAUAUUAACGCCAACGCUGUUGAUAGCGAUAGUGAAUCAAAAUCUGACACAUCUUCUAUAGAUAACAUUAGGCAGUUGAAGGCGAUGAAACGAGAUGAGCAGCACAUGUACGGUGCCCUGCCGUGGUGGGUCAAGUACGUCAACUGGUUCUUCAUGGCUCUGUACCAUUUGGGCACCGGGGCAACCAUAUAUUAUUACAUCAAUGAGUACUCACACGAAAUAAAUUUCAAAUGGUACCUGAAAGUGUUUGCAACGUUAUGUUGCAACAUCUUCCUCAUCGAUCCGGCCGUCAUCAUAUUCCUAGCGUUCCUCUUCUCCUUGAUGACCAAGCAGUACACCAAGUUCACUGUGUCUCGCUUGAGGAUUAUAAGGAAUGAGUCGCUGAUCGAUCUCAAAAAUCAAUAUGAACUGCAUCGAAAGAGAGUUACAAAACUGCGGGUUGACCCUCGCUACAAGCUAACUUCAAAAGCCAAAAGAAAAAUUAAAUUUGAAAAGAAGUUUUUAGAAUCAAGAUACCUCGUUUUGAACAUUAUUAUUUACACUUAUUUGGCACUCUGCGGAUUGGUCAUUUCUUUUUCCGUUUAUGAUUUUGACACAAGCUUAUUGACGCAGACGAUUGAUGAAGUUUUCUUCGGAAAGAGAUUUCGAGCGAUCAACACGAGGGAAGAUUUUUAUUCCUGGUUGGAAGAUCAUUUCAUUCAACUUGCUUAUCCAGUGGACGAUGUCGAAAGUUCCAGCACUUUAUUUUUCAGUCGGUUGCACAAUUUCAAAGAAAUGAACGGCGUGUCAGGCCAUGCCAUCAACUAUCCGUGCUUCACUAAAAUCAUCCUGAAGGACGGUAAAAUGAAUUUGUGGUCCGAAUACAUGUCGGCACCUGAAUGGUUGGCCUAUGAAACCGCUUGCCUGGGCUACGACAAACGUUUGGCGCUGAUAUUUGCUCGAAGGUCAAAAAGUGUAAACUUCCUAAACAGCAACCACAUUGGCAUGGGCUUCACGUUUUAUUUAUACUUCUGCAACGUGCGGUCGAUAGCUUGGAUAUUUGCGACUGUCAUGCAACCGCUCGGUGGUGGCACCAAAGUUAAACUUGAAACUAUUUCAAUUAUUUCUGAAAUGCCGCUACCCUACAAUCGAAUCUACGUGAUGUUCAGCAUGGCCGUCUUCUGGCCGGCGUUUGCUUUUUUCAUAUUCAGAAAUGUGAGGAAAUUUUUUUACUUGGGGGCUGGAGACUACUUCACGAGCAUUUGGAACAUUUUGGACCUCAUCAUAUCUCUAAUUGUACUCAUUUUGAUCAUACUCUUGUGCGUGGUCUUAAUUGGCAUGCCAGCGGCACUUGACAGUUUCUUCAGAGAUAACGGUGAACUCUCCACUCUUUUCUACAUGAGCGGAGUUGAUGGCAUAUACUUGCUGAUGCAUCUCGUUACAUUCCUCUGCCUCAUUAAACUGCUGGAGAUCGGCAAACUAGAUGACAGAAUAAAUAUGUUUCUUACUUGCUCUCUCAAAUCAAUCAUCCCUUCUACACUCAUCAUUAUGAAAUGUUUGCCAUUUGUUUUGGGCCUGGUUGCCUACAAAAGCAUCAAGUACCCAAGGUUUGUAGAAGAGUACGAAGUUUAUUCUAAAGCAAUUAUGAACACAGGAUUUGAUUUAAUUUACACCAAACGACUGUGUAACAUCGUGCAGAGAUCUCAUUAUGAAUGUUUCGCUCUCUUCUUCAAUCAAGUUAUCAAACUUAUCAUCUGCUGUCUGACGUGUGCGCUCAUUAGGAGCAAGUAUCGCCAAAGCGUACUCAUGAAGGCGAAGAACAGAGACUUCAAGUUGCUGAUGGCCUUCAUCCAUGAAAUGAAGACCAAGUGCUCCGGUUUGAAGUUCCACAAGACGAAAGUACGGUUCAUCGACUUGAUAAAACAAAAAGUAGUAAAUACCAAAGAGGAAGAAGAGGAGGCCAGCGACGAACAAGAAGGAGCUUGA